AGCAGAGAAUCCAUCUAUACUUAAUAUCACAGCUAACACAAUGUGCUCCAUUGAAGAGCCUGUAUUACUUGCUCCACCGAAGCCAACACAUAAGAUAUGUACCAAGUGUAAGACUGCUCCGGCAGUUGUCAUACUUCGACACUCUCCAUUCUGUCAGCCAUGCUUCGAAUUCCUUUUUGUUGGAAAGUACAGAACUGUAAUCAACCGAUCCAAGCCGAUUCAGUCAAAGCUACGCAUAGGCAAGGUCCUAUUGGCUGUAUCUGGUGGCCAUUCAUCGCUCGCUAUGCUGGAAUUGACAGCUGGCUUCACUUUCGCAGCACCCGAGCAAAAAAAGAAGAUCCAUACAUUUGGCUCAGUAUCCGUAUGCCAUAUUGAUGAAUCUUCACUUUUCGAAGGCUCCGAGAGUACGAUUCCCCGAAUUUCUGAAAUGAUGGAAAGCAAAUACUCUAUAUUCCCAUAUCACUGCGAAAAAUUAGAGGAUGUGUUUGAUCCAGAAUAUACAGAAAGCCAGUCAUUUUCAGAGGUACUUGAGGUUGUAAGCAAAGAUUUGCGACCUGGGCAACAAGAGAUUUCAGCGCAGCUACGUGAUAUCCACCAAAGCAAGCUAACCAAUGCUGAGAAACUUAAAGCAUUGUUCCAACAUAUUGGAAAGAAUUCGGCAAGAGAAGAUAUUUACUGGCAUCUUAAGAUGAAUAUGCUUUACCGUAGGGCACAGAAAGAAAAGUGCGACUUUAUUUUCCUCGGGGAAUCAUCAACGCGGCAAGCUAUCAAGAUGAUUUCUAUGACAAGCAAGGGCAGAGGUUAUAGUGCUGCCCUUGAUGUUGGAUCAGAUAACACGAUUACGUAUCAAAACAUGGCAAUCAUUCGCCCUAUGAAGGAUAUGUUGGCAAAAGAGAUCGCUGUUUACAACCGAAAUCAUAACAUUGAUGGCUAUGUCAUACCAACAACAAACUGGUCUACCAAAGCGACAUCCAAAAGCAGUAUCGAGCGGUUGACAGAAGAAUUUAUCACUGGUUUAGACCGUGAUUUUCCUUCUACUGUUAGCACUGUUUCUCGAACAGCCUCCAAACUGACAGUGAGCAAUGAUCUUGAUGUCUCCAACAAGUGUGCAAUUUGCCUGAUGCCUAUCCAAAGGGACAUCACUGGAUGGCGGGAUCGUAUUACGGUGAUGACACUCGACAAAGCCCGAAAGGAUGGUCCAAAGAAGGAUGAUUCAAAAAUGUCAGAUGCUGGCGAAUGCUGCGGAGGCUCAGAGAAUGCAAAUUGUGGUAGCAACACGUCAAGCAAGACAUGUUGUUCUAGCACGCAGUCCAUUCCAUUCUUAAACUUUCUGUGCUAUAGCUGUCAGGUCGACGCACGAGACUAUAACGCAGGCCAGUUUGAUCUGCCGCCUUAUGCAGCUGAAGUAAUCAAAUCCAAGGACAGAGAUGAGCGACUUCGUCAACAAGUUCAAGAAUUUUUGCUUAGCGACGACGAUGAAUAAAAGUAAAAAUUAAAUUACCUUCCUUCCGUUAGCUACGAAAUAAAACAACACAGUACAAUAAUGAAAGUAAACAAAAUAAAAUAAUGGUUGAUCCAGA